UCCUGCCCUGUUCGGAGUUCGGACUAACCCGUCGGUGUGGGUUUAACGUCCGACACACACAAUGACUUGUUGGUUUAAAAGUCAUAUCCGUUUCUUCUGACCGCGGUCAAGUCAAAACAAAACACGUCACAGCUUUACUCCCAGCUGCGCUCCUCUCCUCUCCGAACCCCAUGCAUUGUGUUGCGGAGCUUUGUCUGUGUGUUGGCUAGCCUCGAUUGACAACAACAACAAAAAAAAGGGUGCAUUGAUUGUGUGACAGAUGGGGGGGCUCUUUUGUGUAAAAUCCUCACCGAUAUGACCUCCGGCGUCACGCGUAGAGUUGCGCGUACGGGUGGGAGUUGUCUGCUGCUGCAGCAUUGUUAUGCUGGGGGGGAUGUUCCAUCCUGUAACGCUGAUGUUUGCCUCUGCAGCCUUUUGAAUGGCCUACAAAGGGAGGAACUGUGUCUUCUGCAUAGGAAUUAGCACAGAUACCUCCCUGGGGCACCAAGCAGACCCCUUUCCGUUUUUUUAGGAGGUGAAAAGACCCAAGUGUCUCCCGCUGGAUGAAAGCGUUGUGCAGGGAAUGAGAAGCGCAUCUCGGGCCGCUGCUUUGUAAGGCUGGCUAGCUAGCUAGCUACUAGCUAUUACUGUUCGUUUCGCCGAGCAUCACGGAGAGUCAGGAUGAAGAAGAAAGCUCGGCAGCACCGGCCCGCGGUGCCGCAGAGGUCGCAGUCUCCGAUCAAGCCCUCGCCGAACAAGCAGAUCCUGACCUACGCGCAGGCGCAGCGCAUGGUGGAGUUUGAGCUGGACGGCCGCAUCCACCGGCUCAGCAUAUACGACAGCCUGGACGUGAUCUCGGAUGACGACUCCAUCGUCCAGGAGAUGAUGGAGUGCACCAGCAACAAGGAGAACGCCGACAAACCCCAGCAGCAGGUCCGCCAGAGGUCGGCCCGGCUAAAAAGCAACCAGGAGAGGAGGAACGCGGCCCUGGGCGUCACCGGCAACGCGGAGGGAGGCGGGCAUCACGCCGGCAGCCACGCUGCCCCGAAGCUUCCCGAGCCCAAGUUUCGAGUCGUUGAAUAUAACCUCCCCGCGGUUCCCAAGCGCCCGGCCGCGUUUUAUAAAUACGUAGAGAAGACCGAGGAGGAGCUGGACGAGGAAACGGAAUACGACAUGGACGAGGAAGAUUACGCGUGGCUGGAUCUGGUCAACGAAAAGCGCAAAAGCGAAGGGAUGAGCCAGGUGUCUCACAACGUCUUCGAGUUCCUCGUCGACCGCUUCGAGAAGGAGCUGCACCUGGAGAGCCUGGACCAGGCGAGCGAGAGGCAGCCCGCCGCCGACGAGGACGCCGUCUGCUCUAUCUGCGCGGCCGGCGAGUCUCACCAGAGCAACACCGUCCUGUUCUGCGACAUGUGCGGCGUGUCCGUGCACCAGGAAUGUUACGGCGUCCCCUACGUCCCCGAGGGCCAGUGGCACUGCAGGCACUGCCUGCAGUCGCCGACGCAGCCGGCCAGCUGCAUCCUCUGUCCCAACAAGGGCGGAGCCGUGAAGAGGACGGACGACGAGCGCUGGGGCCACGUGGUGUGCGCCCUGUGGGUGCCGGAGGUCGGCUUCUCCAACGCCACCUUCAUCGAACCCAUCGACGGCGUGGGCCAGAUUCCGCCGGCCCGCUGGAAGCUCACCUGCUACAUCUGCAAGGAGAGGAGCGUGGGCGCGUGCAUCCAGUGCCACAAGGCCAACUGCUACACGGCGUUCCACGUCACCUGCGCCCAGAAGGCCGGCCUGUUCAUGAAGAUGGAGCCCAUCAACGAGGUGACGGACACGGGCGAGCCCAUCCUGUCGGUGAAGAAGACCGCCUACUGCGGCGCUCACACGCCCAACGGGUGCGUUAGGAGGCCUCUGUGCAUCUACGAGGACGGCAAAAGAAAAAACGGCCUCUGUAAGCGAGCGGGUGAAGGGAGGGGAGACGACAAAGAGCGCUGCAAGCGAAAGCAGAAAAAGAAGAGCAGGAGCAGGAGGCCUGAACCCGACGGAGCUGAAAGCGAGGCUGCAGCUCCUGCUACCGUGCCCAGUUUUCCUGCUCACAGGCUACAAACCAUCCUGAACCAGGUGUCCAUACAGAAGAAGAGAGCCUUUGUGGAACUGGUCCUAAAUUACUGGACUCUGAAAAGGCGGUCCAGGAACGGGAUGCCCCUGAUCAGACGCCUUCAAACCUGCCUCCAGUCUCAGAAGAACGCUCAGCCGAGGCAGAACGAGGAGGAGAGCAGAGCGCUGAAGGAACAGCUGAAGGAAUGGCACCGCCUCCGACACGACCUGGAGAGAGCGCGACUGCUGCUGGAGCUGAUCCGCAAAAGGGAGAAGCUAAAGAGGGAAGAGAUUAAACUACAUGAGAGCAUUCUAGAGAUGCAGCUAACGCCGUUCAGCAUUUUGCUCCGAGCUCUCUUGGACCAGCUGCAGGCAAAAGACCAGGCGAAGAUCUUCACCCAGCCUGUGGAUGUCAAUGAGGUGCCGGACUACCUCGACCACAUCAAGCGCCCGAUGGACUUCUCCACCAUGCGGCAGCGCGUCGACGCCCAGGCCUACACCAACCUGGACCAGUUUGAGGCCGACUUCAACCUGAUCGUCGACAACUGCAUGAAGUACAACUCGAAGGACACCUACUUCUACCGGGCCGCCGUCCGCCUCCGGGACCACGGCGGGGUCCUGCUCAGGAAGGCUCGGCGGGACGUGGAGAAGAUCGGCUUCGACUCGGAGAGCGGCGUGCAUUUGUCGGAGGCCCCCGAAGCCAAAGCGCCGCCGUCGUUCUCUUGGGAAGACGUGGACCGUCUGCUGGUGCCGGCCAACCGAGAGCAUCUGCCUCUGGACAAGCAGCUGCAGCUGCUCCUGGAGAAGUUCGACCUGACGUGCGCCAUGAAGUCCAGUCCCUCGCGCAGCAAACGCCUGAAGCUGCUUAAGAAGACCAUCAACGACGUGCGAAACGAAAUAAGCCUGAAGAAGCUUCUGCCCUCUUACCAUCACAGCUCCGCCUGCGCCUCGGCGCCAGCUUCGUCCCCUCCGGAGCUGGAGAAAUCCUCAGAGGAGAGACUGAAGCCCAACGGGCAUUUUCAAGACGACGAGGGAGACAAGUCUCUUCCUCCUAAACUGGAGCCGCCGGACGCCAUACCCCCCCUCCUCCGCUCGGACACGGACUCCGAACCCCCCACCCUCAAGCCCAUCGACGACGGCCCGGAGCGCGAGGACAAGAUCCGCAGCAAGCGCCUGAAGCCGGACGGCGAGGCGGCGGACCCGCUCCCCCCGGCCCCCCGCCUCAACGGCCACUCCCUCCAGAGCGCCCUGCUGGACGGCGGCGUGAGCGUGCUGGCCGCGUCCGCCCUCGCAGAGCCCGCGGGCGCCGCCGGCCCCCAGGCGGCCGUCGUCUUUCGCAAGUCGAAGGCCGCCGAAGACGAGGAGUGCAACGGGGACGACGACGGCGGCGGUCGAGCCAGCGAGCAGGAGGAAGAGGAGGAAGAGGAGAGCAGAGACCAGCUGGUGUCCAAGUCGUUCCUGUCUGUGGUCAUACCGCGGCUGGAGACGCUGCUUCACGGCAAGAAGAGGAAGCGCGGCGACGGCAGGGGCAAGGAGGUGGAAGGAGAGGAGGCCGAGCACAAAGAGGAGGAAGCGGCUCCUGGGAAAAGACUCGACACCGGCCGGUCGAGAGGUUUUCUGGAGAUGGACGGGGAGAAGGAGCUAGAAAGACCGCGGCGGACCAGCAGGCCAGUGGAGCCACGGAGGCGCUGUGCCUCAGAGUCCUCCAUAUCUUCAUGCAGCAGUCUGCAGGCAAACGCCAGCACCAUCCUCAGCCUUCCCAAAUGCGGCAAGGGGAAACCAGCUUUGGUCCGAAGAAACACGGUGGAUGACAAGAGCGAGCUCAUCGCCUGCAUUGAGUCGGGGAACUUUGCAAAAGCUGCACGGAUUGCUGCAGAGGUUGGCAACAGCAACAUUUGGAUGCCUGCUAGUGCUGCAACAGUUGCGCUGGAACCCCUAAAGCUAGUCUGGGCCAAAUGUAGUGGAUACCCUUCCUACCCUGCUUUGAUCAUAGACCCCCACAUGCCACGCGUCGGCUGCCAGCACAACGGGGUGUCCAUCCCCAUCCCCCCCAUGGACGUGCUCCGAAUCGGAGAGCAGAUGCAGUACAAGGCCGAGGAGAAGCUCCACCUCGUCCUCUUCUUCGACAACAAGCGCAGCUGGCAAUGGCUGCCUAGAUCCAAGAUGGUUCCUCUUGGAAUAGACAAAACCAUCGACAAGAUCAAACUGAUGGAAGGCCGCACGUCCAGCAUCCGCAAGGCGGUCCAGAUCGCCUUCAGCCGCGCCAUGAACCACCUGAGCCUGGUGCAGGAUGAGCAAGUCAGCGACCUCAGCGACGUAGACUGAUAAGACCACUAACCAAAAAAAAGUUUCCUCAACACUCCUCAUCCCCACCCUCAUUCCCCUCCUUCUGUCUCUGCAGGAGAAUCGGAUGUUUACUGGGCACCUGCUGUAACAGGUGGUGUCAGAAAUGAAUGUGUCUGUAUUUCCUCUCCCCCUUCAGGCUUGUGACUGUGCCAAGACAGCGAGGCAGAGGCUCCAUUUUUUUUUUUUUUUUUUGGCCUCCUCCACCCUCAAUCCAAACACAUUUUUUGUCAGGAACAGCUGAUUCGGUGUGUUUUGGGUCGCCUUACCAAAUCCCGUUAAUUUGAAUAAACAUUAAUUGAGCUCAUGCCACUCCCACAUCUUUAAGUCUGUUCACUUUCUUUGUAUUAAAAGUGUAAAUGAUCUGUACAGUUGCCUGACACUAACUUAUUUUGUAUUUGAACAUACAUACUGUUAAUACUGUACAGUUUUUUUUUUUUUUUUUUUUUAGUAUUUAGUAAGAUCUGUUUUGCUUGAAUGAUCAAAAACAAUGAAAAAUUGGGGUUCAAAUGUCAUU